AUGGCGCUCCAGCUGCGGGCCGCGGCGCCGCGGCCGCGGCUUGCGGUCAGGGCCACCCCGGCCGUGUCCACAGGCCGAGCUCAGCCCCUGGAGUUCCCGUCCCGCCUUGGGGCCGUUGGAGCCGUGGUGCUUGGCACUGCUCUGGGCGCUUUCGGGCAGUACCGAGCUCGUCUGGCCCGGACACGGGUCUGUAGAUAUGCCAGGCCGAAGAGGCAGAAGAAGAAGCAGCAAGAGGAGGUCGAGCUCGAGCUAGAAGACCUGAUCAUGCCAGCUGAGGGCAUGACCGUGGGUGAACUCGCCGAGAAGAUCCGAAAGCCUGUUGCGCAGAUCAUCACCUACUUCUUCGCGGAGAAGGGGAAGCCGCUAGCCAUCAAUGACUUCCUUGAGAAGGAGCUCGUUGCAGAGGUCUGCGACAAGUAUGAGUUGGAGUACCUCUUCGACGAUGAGAAGACCACCACGGCUGGAGACAGAGGAUUCCUCGCGGAAGAGCACAAGGGAGAGGCAGAGUCCCGGCCCCCUGUGGUUACUGUCAUGGGCCACGUGGACCACGGGAAGACCACCCUGCUCGACACCCUGCGAAAGCGGAGCGUGGCCGCCUCGGAGGCCGGCGGCAUCACCCAGCGGAUCGGAGCCUACACAGUGGAGCUGGAUGGCCAGAAGAUCACCUUUAUCGACACGCCCGGUCAUGAGGCGUUCACGGCCAUGCGUGCGAGAGGGGCGCAGGUGACCGACAUCGCCGUCCUGGUGGUUGCUGCGGACGAUGGCGUCAUGCCUCAGACGCGCGAAGCGAUAGCUCACGCACGUGCGGCCGAGGUGCCCAUCAUCGUAGCGAUCAACAAGAUCGACAAAGAUGGCGCAGACCCUCAGAUGACGAGGCAAAGCCUCUCAGAAGAGGGGGUCCUGGCCGACGACUGGGGCGGCGACAUACCUAUGGUCGAGGUCAGUGCCAAGCAGAACAUCAACCUAGACGGGCUGCUUGAGAUCCUGAACCUCACGGCGGAGAUGUCAGAGCUCAAGGCUGUGAGGGAGGACGAUGCGGCGGGCAUCGUCUUAGAGUCGACGUUCGACACUACAAAGGGCUGCUUGGCGACCCUUCUGGUGCAGCGCGGCACGCUGAAGAAGGGCGACUGGGCCGUGGCGGGCUGCAACGUCUGCCGCGUUCGGCUUAUGCAGAAUGAUGCGGGUGGCGAGGUGCUGGAAGCUUCCCCCUCCACGGCAGUGCAGGUAACUGGCUUCCAGGAUGCGCCCACGGCCGGAGACCAAUUCGAGGUCUACAAAACAGCCCAGGAGGCACGCGCCGUGGCCGACAAGCGGGAGCGCGAGAUGUCGCGAGGUCCGGUGGGCUUCGCGGGACUGGGCUCCGACAGCGAGCAGACCAUGAAACUUGCCCUGAUCCUGAAGACCGACGCGCAGGGGAGCAUCGCGGCCGUGAAGCACAUGUUCUCCGAGGUCAAGGAUUCGAAGUACGUGAACCUGAGGUGGGUGCUGGCGGCCCCGGGGCCGAUCACGGACUCGGACAUCGAGCUCGCGUCCACGUGCCCACAAGGGCAGAAGGUCAUGGUCCUGGGCUUCAACACCAACGUCUCCCCCACUGCGGAGAGGACUGCCAAGGAGCGGGGUGUGAUGAUUCAGAACUUCAAUGUCAUCUACGAGCUCUUCGACACCGUGGUCGCCGCUUUGGAGGGCGAGCUCACCCAGGAGGAGAAGCUGGUGGAGAAGGGUUCCGCCCUCGUGAAGGCGAUCUUCAAAGGGAGGGACGGGGCGGUGGCCGGGUCGGAGAUCAUCGAAGGCAUGUUCACUGUUGGGAACCGGGUUCAUGCCUUCCGCAACGGCAGGAAGAUGGGCGAGGGCACCAUUGGUUCCAUACGUCGUUUCAAGGAGCAGGUGAAGGAGAUCGACGAAGGCAACGAGUGCGGCUUGUCGAUCACUGGCUUCGAGGACUGGCAGGAGGGCGACGAGAUACGCUGCUUCGAGGUCAAGAUGGUGUCGCCCGAGCUGGUCUCGAAGAAGUGA